AUGGCGGCCAAAUCUGCUGCAGAAACGUACCUGCCCCAAGCAUCAAUCCCUCCCUCCAGAAAGGAUGCCACUUCGGGCCCGGAGAGGUGCGCGCCUUGUCAUCGUGCGGAUGUCGAUGGGCGGGUUGACCCCAGAGCUGCGGUGCCGCCAGCCGACUUCGCGUGUACGCGCGGCUGCAGGAAGUCCACGGGGGCGGCCCGCAUGCUGCUCUGUGAUGGGUGCACGGGGCUGGCUGGCAUCUGGAGUGCCUGUCCAGGCCCCUCUCAGCGGUCCCGGAAGGGGACUGGUUCUGCGCGCAAAGCAAAGGCGCGCAUGCACUGGAGCCUGGGUCAGCUGCGCGCUAGGGUGCGGUGGCAGCUGGGAUGGCAGGACGAGGGGGUGCUCGCGGCGGGCCCAACCGUGUGA